ACACCGUACAAUGAGUGCCAGCAACAGCCACGGACCAUCCGCUUCCGUAAGCGCGGUGUCCACGCCGAUCAAUGCCGGUACCAGACCGGAUUCGGCACCUGCCUUCGGAAGUUCGCACCAGGCGUCCACACCACCGAACUCGGGUGGUGGAAAAUUUCUCGACGUCAAGACCGAGGAGAAGAAAAAUCGCCGUACCUCGCUGCAGAUGCUUCUGCCCAAGCUUCCAUCGAACGACAGUGCCGGCCCCAGUCCGGGACCGUCCUCGCCAGGAAUCACGGGAUGGAACGACAACAGCCCCAAGAUCGAGUCAGGAUUCCCAGACAAGAACGAUUCUGCCAAACUCAAUCGGAAGGAGUCGUACAAAGCACAGCGAAAGAACUACCGACGUGAAAAGAAGCGGGUAGCAUCGGAGUUACUCAACUCUCUGCAGGACCCGGCCGUCAUUGUGCUGGCAGAUUGGUUGAAGAUUCGAGGGACACUGAAAUCAUGGACAAAGCUGUGGUGCGUGCUUAAACCGGGCCUGCUGUUCAUCUACAAAAGCCCGAAAACGAAAAGCAGCCAUUGGGUCGGCACUGUACUGCUCACGUCCUGCCAGGUAAUCGAGCGGCCAAGCAAAAAGGAUGGAUUCUGCUUUAAAUUGUUCCACCCACUGGAUCAGACAAUCUGGGCACCGCGCGGUCCGGACAAGGAAACGAUGGGCGCGGUGGUGCAGCCGCUUCCUACGUCCUACUUAAUCUUUCGCGCCCCGAGCCAGGCCGCCGGUAAAUGUUGGAUGGACGCGUUGGAACUAUCGUUGCGCUGUUCGGCAUUGUUGGUGCGUUCCGUGCCGAACAUUGACACGAACCUUAGCGAAGGAGCAACGAGCACCACACACGAAACGCAGUGGUCGGAGGCGGAUUAUGAGAAACACUUCGAUGAGCAUGCUCCGCGCCUGAAAGAACAUUUAAGCUAUCUGCUAAAGUAUCUUCCACCAUCCCCACCGGAGAAGAAAAACUUGCGCGUAGAACCGAUAGAAAAAUCCUUACCCCGUAGCGCUUGCCCCUCGCCGACACCGAUCUUUCAGCAGCUCUACCUGGCGGUCGCCCACUGGGAGCGCUAUCUGCGAGAUUCACCGGAAUUUUUCCGCUGCCGGUCGGUUGACAUCGGUGGUCCCCUGCGUCGCCGCAUGCCAUCGUCCUCUGGCACGGUUUCACCGGCCGGCGGCGAUGGAGAUGACGAAGAAUACGAGGAAGUGUUUAAGAAUGAGGAUGACGGUGCGAUGCUGAUGGCAGGCGGAAAGCGACGUAAUUCGUAUCAGGUCGGAAGCAGCAUUGUGCCGGAAUCGUCCGACGCCGGCAAACUAAUGGCGGUUAAUGGGUCGGAGAAGUUACGGCGCCGUAGUUCGCCGGCAGAUUUCUCCAAAGGUCACCACCAUGGCAUCACUAUACGCAUCUCUGACGAUCAAUAUCUCGACAUCGACAGCCAGCUGGAUCAAGGUACGAUGGUAUCUGCAGGCGAAUCGGAUUCUGAGUCGGAUUUGGGGGAAGGCAUGGAUGUGGAAGAAUUCCCGGAAACUCCUUACGUUCACUCGCCCGAGGAAGAAUUUGGUGCGGCUGGCGAACAAGUGGAAGAGCUGCCGGAAGAGCAUAAAAGUUUGAUUUGGUUCUUGGUGAAACAGGUGCGUCCCGGGAUGGACCUUAGCAAGGUGGUAUUACCGACGUUCAUACUGGAACCUCGCUCCUUUUUGGACAAACUGGCCGACUCGUACUACCAUGCCGAUAUACUUUCGAAGGCUGUGCUUGAAGACGAUCCAUUCACGCGCAUGAAAACGGUCGUCCAGUGGUACUUGUCCGGAUUCUACAAGAAACCGAAGGGUUUGAAAAAACCUUACAAUCCGAUUCUGGGUGAAACGUUCCGGUGUUACUGGCAGCAUGAGAACGGCAGCAGGACAUUCUAUAUCGCCGAACAGGUGUCACAUCAUCCACCGGUAUCCGUGUUCUACGUAACGAACCGGCAGGAUGGAUUUUGUAUCAGCUGUAGCAUUUUGGCCAAGUCCAAAUUCUAUGGCAAUAGUACAUCGGCCAUCCUGGAGGGUGUCGCCACGUUGACGUUGUUACCUCGCGGUGAAUGCUACACACUAACAGUGCCGUACGCGCACUGCAAGGGCAUCCUAAUGGGGACGCUUUCGAUGGAGUUGGGUGGCAAAGUGUCGAUCGAAUGUGAAAACACGGGCUACAAGACGGAGCUGGAGUUUAAGCUGAAACCGUUCCUCGGUGGUAACGAGUACACGAAUCUCGUCGUAGGCAAGCUCAAGCUGGGCAAGGAAACGAUGGCCUCCAUCAACGGUCAUUGGGAUAGUGAGAUACGGAUAAAAGAUUCGCGCACGAACGAGGAAACGGUUCUGUUCAAUCCUACGCCGGAUAUACGAGGACGGCGACUUAAAAGGUUUACCGUACCGAUGGAAUCGCAGGGAAUGAACGAAUCGGAACGAUUGUGGCAACACGUAUCUGCUGCCAUUCAUCGGGACGAUCAGGUAGGAGCAACGGAGGAAAAGACGGCCCUGGAAGAAGCGCAACGCAUCUCGGCGAAAGAACGGAAGGCUACCUGUACCGAGUGGAUACCGUUGCUGUUUCAGCAAGAUUUUGUUACCGGUCAGUGGCACUAUAAGUUUGCUGAUUUGCGCCCCUGGGAUCCAAGGAACGAUCUGCGUCAGUAUGAGAGCAAUUAUCGGAUUCAAACGAAAACGCGACAUCAGGCACCGAUGGUGCGUACGGCUUCGGUCGUGAGUACGGAUCCGCUUAACAUACUGCAGGUAGAUUCGCGUGGCUCGCUACGCAAAAAUCGCUCGGGAGCAAUAAAGUCACGGAAAAUAUCUUCCAACACAUCGACACCGGAUCUGAACGAUCCGAAUUCGGACUCUAGUCAUUCGAACGACCAUGACACCGUACUUUCUAGCACAAGAAUCAUGCAAACGCUGGACGACAUCAACAAAAAGUUGGAGGAACACUCCAAGAAGCUUGUUAAACUGCAGCUGGACAUGGACAAAAUACAUUGGGCACCGCCGCGAAGGCAGCAGUUUAAUGCGGAUGGUCCGUUGGCAAUACUUUCGUCGCUUAACGUUAAGACGGUGGUAUUUGUUGUUAUAGGGUUCUUGCUACAGUUGUUAGUUUCAUGGUUUCUCAUAAAGCGUUCGUUUGCCACGGCAAUUACACCACCAGGAGGCAGCAAGGAUGCUGAUGCCGGAGGUGGCGGUGAUAAUGGUGGCGAAGGUACAGCAAGCAAUUAAACAUAUGAUAUUCGGCUUCAUGGUAACGAUACGCAAGAUACAUGUUAGAUUACGCUAUUUGAUACUCUUUUAUACACAUUAAUCG